AUGGCUUCUCCCUCAAUCACCCUCGACCGCAUCCUCGCGGCGAACCCAAUUACAACCCGUGGCCAGCCUACUCAGAUCUCGGCCGACUCCAAGGGUCAACGGAUAGCUUAUCCUUGCGGAAAAUCCAUCUUUGUUCGCUCCAUUGAUAACCUCUCCGACGCAAAAGAAUACACUGGCCACACCGCCCCCACCACCGUCGCUCGCUUCUCUCCCAAUGGCUUCAAGGUUGCCAGUGGUGACUCGAGCGGCAUGCUCAAGGUUUGGGAGCCCGAGGUUAUCGGCAGCACCAAGGGGGAGUACGGUAUCAUUUCUGGCCGUCUGAACGAUAUCGCCUGGGAUGGUGAGUCUCAGCGCGUUAUUGCUGUGGGCGAUGGCCGCGAGCAGUUCGGUCGCUGCAUCACAGCCGACAGUGGAAACUCAGUGGGUGAGAUCAUCGGCCACUCCAAGUCAGUCAACGCCGUGGCAAUGAAGGCCCAGCGUCCUUUCCGCGCAGCCACUGUCGGCGACGAUGGAAACAUGGUCUUCUACCAUGGAGCUCCUUAUAAGUUCAACAGCAAGAGCACUCAGCACACCGGUUUCGUUUUGGGCGCUGCUUACUCCCCUGACGGAAACACACUGGUCACUGUUGGUGCUGACAAGAGGAUACAGCUUUACGAUGGAAAGACGGGCGAGCCCGUCAAGGCUAUCGGAGAGGGCGAGCACAAGGGAAGUAUCUUUGCUGUGUCGUGGUCGCAGGACAGCAAGAAGUUUGUCACUGCCAGCGCCGAUCAGACCGUCAAACUCUGGGACGCCGAGGCAGGUAGCGUCCUCCAGACCUGGAAGUUUGGAGAGGAUGCCAGCAUUGGUGAUCAGCAAGUCGGUGUUGUCUUCGUUCCUGGUCGUAGCGACGGCCUCAUUAUUAGUCUUAGCCUUGAGGGUCAACUUACAUACUUGACUGAGGGCAAGACGGAACCCACCCGUAUCGUUCAUGGUCACAGCAAGAGCAUCACCGCCCUCUCUGCUGGAUCCGACGGUAAGGGUGCUGACUUAUGGUCUGGUAGCUUUGAUGGUCGGGUGUGCCAUUGGGAUGUUAAGUCAGGCAUUGCUACAGUUGUCGAUGGCCAGUCUCACACCAACCAAGUUACUCAGUUUGCCACUACCGAUGGCAAGGCUUUCAGUGCUGGCUGGGACGAUGCCCUAAGAAUCGCUGACGAGUCGGCCAAAACCUUCUUAGGUGCUUCCAGUAAGUUGCCAGCGCAGCCCAAGGGUGUGAGCGCAGCCAAUGGGCUUGUUUAUGUCGCAACAUUCUCCGGUGUCUCUGUAUACUCUGGCGAGAAGCUGUUGGGCGAACAAUCGUUGGACUAUACUCCUGGUGCUAUCGCUGCGUCUGGCUCCUUCGUUGCUAUCGGGGCUAAUGAGAACUCCGUGCGGAUUUACAGCGCUGGCUCCGAUGGUAAACUUCAGGAAGUCAAGGCGCUCAGCAACCCAACUGGCACUAUCUCGGCCCUUGCCUUCUCCAAAAAUGGCUCUCAUCUGGCUGCUGGAAACAGUGUCGGAAAAAUCUACGUCUACAGCGCUGGUAGCUGGGAACUGGCAGCAGACCGCUGGUCGGCUCACACUGCCCGAGUGACAUCCAUCGCUUGGGACGACACGGGUGCCUACGCUGUCAGUGGUAGUCUCGACACCAACGUCUUUGUUUGGUGUCUGGAGAAGAAGAAUCAGGGCAAGCGCAUCAAGGCUGCUAAUGCUCACAAGGAUGGUGUUAACGGUGUAGCCUGGGUUGAGGGCGGCAGGGUCGCCAGUGCAGGAGGAGAUGCUAAUGUGAAGCUCUGGAACGUCCAGAAUUUGCCUUGA